AUGGUGAUCACCCCGGCUACGUCGCGCGAUAUACUCAUCGUUGGAGGUGGCUUGGGAGGCCUGGCUGCUGCCACAGCCCUGUCAGCAGAUGGGCAUCGGGUCCGAGUCCUGGAAGGAACCAAAGUUUUUGCAGAGGCCGGCGCAGGCAUCAGACUGCCGCCGAAUUCGACGCGACUGCUUCAGAAAUGGAACAUUGAUUUCGGAGAGAUCAAAUACUGCCGUGCCGGAUCCUACCAUUUUCGCAGAUGGCAAGAUGGCAGCACGAUCCGCAUCAUCCCCCUUCACGAAGCCGAGACGCUCUGGGGAGCACCCUACCUGCAUGUUCAUCGGGCAGAUCUACACACCGGUCUGCUGAAAAAGGCGCUCGCAAACGGCGUCCAGGUGGUGAACAACGCCAAGGUCGUCAAGUACGAUUUCGAUGCUCCCUCUGUAACGCUCGAGGAUGGCCAGGUGCUGACAGCCGAGCUCGUGCUUGCAGCUGAUGGCAUCAAAUCGCUUGCCCGGGCGCAACUGUUUGGGAACAGUAUCCCGCCCAGAGACACAGGCGACGUUGCGUACAGAAUACUCAUCAGAGGCGAGCAGAUGCUGAAAGAUGCUGAGCUUGCCCCAUUGAUCCUGCAACCCGGCACAACGUCGUGGUGCGGGCCUGAAGCGCACAUUGUCGGCUAUCCCAUCAGGGCCGGGGAAUUGUACAACAUUGUCGUCUGCGCCACGAGAAGGCCUGGAGAGUGUGAGACCGACUGGGUCAUCCAGGGGGACAGGGCCGACCUGAUGGAUCGAUUCAAAGACUGGGAGCCGAGAAUCCAGAAAUUGUGCGCUCUUGCAGACUCGUUCCUGAAGUGGAGACUUCACGAUCUGAUGCCUGUGCCAUCCUGGGUACACUCUGCUAGCAAGGUGGCAUUGCUGGGCGACAGUUGCCAUCCUACACUUCCCUACCUGUCACAAGGCGCGGCUGCAGCGUUCGAGGACGCUGCUUGUUUGUCUCAAGGCCUGCGCAGACGGUCAACCAUCGCUGCCGCAUUGUCGGAUUAUGAAGCCAUCCGCAAACCUCGCGCAAGUAUCAUCCAAGCAAAGUCAAGGGAGCAUCAAGAAUUACUGCACGUAGAGGAUGGAGAGUUCCAGCGUCGACGGGAUAUGGAGAUGGCCAUGGACAGAGACUCCAAUCCCCUGUUCUGGGGCUGGGCCGAUCGCAGGAAGUGGCUCUUUGCUCAUGACGCCGAAGCCGCCGAAUCUUUCGUGCCGUUGGUAACUGAAGACGGGGCGAAGCCCUCCUCGCAAAGACAGGCCAGCCAGCGUGGGUUCUUUUCGGUACAGUCUUUGCCAAUUACGGCGCAGGCAGUCAAGCUAUGA